CGCGAAUAAAAAGACAGUACUAUUAAAAAAAUAUAUAUAUAUAUAUAUAAAAUUUCAUUUUAAUGGUUGGUUUCCUCUGUGUUCAACAACAAUGGUUACACACUACGGUUAUAAAACGAGGUUUGAUGGACCGUCGGUGUUGUUACGAGUAACCGAAUUACCCAAAAGUCAGUUAUGCAACAGCGAACUGUAAACCGAUACCGGCGCGAUUGUCAAAGUGCACAAACAUUUUUAAUCACCUGAAAAGUCACUGGGGAUGAGCAAGGGCAAGGGCAAGAACAAAAAUAACUUCGGAAUAUUCAGACAAUCUUAGAAGUCUAGAAAAUCCACGUUAGAACUGGUCAUUCGUACAGGUACACAUUCACGUGUUUCCGGUUGAACUAGCACCUGUGAGAUGUACUUCUUCACUACAGAUCUCAUUUGCACGGCUACAAACUACUAUAAUUAUCAUAUCGCCAGCAAAGGCUGACAGAUGGUAUCAAACGGGCGAAUAAAAGUUGCUGCGUGUUUUUGAUCUGUGGGUUUGCACCGGAAUUGCCGGGCAUUCGUGCGCGAUCGAAGGAUACCGUACUGUCUGUAGUUGCUAAUGGUUUGGUCCAGGUGAGGUACUGUAUAUUUGGACGUGAAAAUCGUAAUUAACGAUUGCGAUUCAAAUGACGGGUGUGGUAUUUUGCUGUACUAGCUGCCACAAUUAAGUUAACCGGCAACGUCACUGUAGUGUACCUCGGGGCUUCUGAGCAGAUGGGGAGUUUCCAGACAGGGCCAGGCGGGAUAGCGCUUCUGGGAUAUGAAACUGCAGAAUGGUAUCGAUAGCUACUGCUGUUGAAUCUGCAAAUGGCCAACGGAUUCCACACCCACUUCGCUUACCUACCGCAACCGGGGAGAGCUCACCCGUAGUCGCUCAGUCGAAAAACGGCACCCAGUCGAUCCUCAGCUGCUGGAGCAGCCCGCGUGUCGAGCGUUUGUACCGGCAGAAUUCGCUGGAGGACGGCUACACAUCUGAAGAGUCCGAUGGUAAUGAGGUGCCCCCAAUGAUCUUUAUCACGAGAAAACCUUCACGACGGGGUUUCGGGCAGAAAAGCGUCACCACCACCAGCAAGCCCAUUAUCAAAAACUAUGAAAACAAGAACAGAGCGAGGAAGACAGUCCGCUUCGCAGAUGAUGUGGGGUUGGAUCUAACCCGUACGUGUGAAUUCGCUGAAAUGGAGGAUGACGGUUACUGCGGAUCGGGUGCGGAGCCGCGCGUCGACCUGUUUGACUCGUCUGCCAAACCACAGAAUGCGGAUAAUAUGGUGGUGGAAAUAUCUGAAUGGCAGGUUAAUUUCAGCCAACCGGCAGCUGAUUACAUUGCCUUUCGGGAAAAACUGGAUAGCAAUGAUGUAGCACUGGAGAAUGUGAUAAUAAAGCAGAAGUCAGAGAGUUUUUUGGGGACCAUCAAGGUGAAGAACGUGUUCUUUAAAAAGGAUGUUAUUGUACGCUGCACCUUUAACGUCUGGCAAACGUACUCCGAUUUCCCUGCUAAGUACUGUAGCAGUAACACCGACCUCUACGAUACGUUUAGCUUUGAGAUUUCAAUUCCGGAAGAGGCCAAGCAGCGUAAUUUAAUUGAAUUCUGCGUGGCAUUGCGGACAGAUGGUAGGGAGUAUUGGGAUAGCAAUCAAGGAAAAAAUUAUCAACUGAUUGCGGGACAUACAAAGCGCGAAGGCGCACUGAACAAGAGCACAGAUGCAUACAGAAUCGAAACGCACAGCAAAUGUUGGGGCGAAUUCGCCAGUUGGAACCAGCUGGAAAACCAUCAGCCGUAUUGGUGAUGUUUGCGACAGCUACUGGUCUGUUACAGCGGGUCCUCCAUAACCGACAUAAUUAUUCUGUAGCCAGGCGGUGCGCAGCCUAACCAUCAGCAUCUAACUCAUUCUUGCAUUUCCAAUCACUUACUUACUUAAACGCUGUGCGCGUAAUGCAAUUAUACAAGAACGGGUACCACUAGUCAGCGGUUGGCUGUUAAGCAACCGUGAAUUGACACAGUUGUGUGAACCACAUGCAUAUGCUACCGAAUCACUAGUUACUAGUUCGCUCUUGGUACUUUGAGUGUACAUUUUUGUUUGUCUGGUCUGGGAAUCAAAGCUGUGUGUGAAUCAUUGAAUUUCGAGCAAUGGUUUGU